AUGAAACUAUUCUUAUUCUGCACUCUUCUAUUUAAUGUUAUUCCAAGUGUUACCAGUGUAAACUUUCUUGAGAAUUUGUGCUUAAAGUGCAAUACUACUGUAGAAAUGGUUCUUCCAGCAAAUAUCGACACAUUUUAUACUUUAUCCGAUUUGGCUAUCAAGAAUCUCUGCUCCAAAUUCAGUGAUAACUACGAAGACACCUGCUACUCUGUAAUUAAUGUUCCACUUCGCAUUCAAUAUAAUAUUUUAUGGACUCUCAUCAGUCCAUUCAGAGAGCUUAUCUGUAUGCCACUUUGUAUUUUCAAUUGA